AUGGAGCAAACUUUAAACAACCAAGAUCGUGAAGAAGAUGGGUCCUUCGUCGACAAUGUUUGGACGGUACGUGGCAGAUAUUCUUGGCUUAAUCCAGAGGGUACUAUUAGGCAUAUCGAGGAGUUCACAUCUGGAGAUCAGGGGUACAGAUUGACAAAAGAUGAAGUUGUAGAAUCUAACGGACAGACAGGAGUGAGAAUACCUUCUUCGACAGAGCAGUUAGGCACAAAACUAUCUAUUUUACGGGAAAAAAUGGGAGAAAGAAAAACAUUUAGUGCAAGAAAGCCUGUAUCGAAUGGGCGGUUUGGUUUAAAACAAUCUUCAUUGAAUAGGGAAUCCGAUGUGAGUCAACCGUCUUUGAAUGGACAGUUUGGUUUAAGACAACCUUCAUUAAAUAGCCAAGUUGGUCUAAGACAACCUUCACUGGAUGGCCAAUUUGCUCUAAGACAACCCUCAUUAGAUGGACAGUUUGGUCUAGCGCAACCUCCAUUAGAUGGACAAUUCGGUCCUAGACAAACUUCAUUAGAUGUACAGUUUGGUACUAGCCAACCUUCUUUAGAUGGCCAGUUUGGUACUAGACAACCUUCAUUAGAUGGCCAGUUUGGUAUAAAGCAACCUCCAGUAUAUGGACAACCUUCAUUGAAUGGACAGUUUGGUCCUAGACAACCUUCAUUGGAUGGUAGGUUUGUUCUAAGGCAAUCUCCAUUAGAUGGACAGUUUGGUCAGAGGGAACCUCCAUUUCUUAGACAACCUUCAUUAGAUGGGCAGGUUGGGCAAAGACAACAGCCAUUAUAUGGACAAUCUUCAUUGGAUGGACAGCUUGGUCCUAGACAACCUCCAUUUGAUGGCCAGUUUGGUCCUACACAACCUUCAUUAGUUGGACAGUUUGGUCUAAGACAACCUUCAUUAGAUGGGCAGGUUGGUCAAAGGCAACCACCAUUAUAUGGGCAAUCUUCAUUGGAUGGCCAGCUUGGUUCUAGACAAACUCCAUUGGAUGGCCAGUUUGGUCUGAGACAACCUCCAUUAGAUGGACGGUUUGGUCAGAGGCAGCCUCCAGUAUAUGGACAAUCUUCAUUGGAUGGACAGCUUAGUCCUAGACAACCUCCACUAGAUGGCCAGUUUGAUCUAAGACAAACUUCGCUGGAUGGCCAAUUUGGUCCUACACAAUCUUCAUUAGUUGGACAGUUUGGUCUAAGACAACCUUCAUUAGAUGGGCAGGUUGGUCAAAGGCAACCACCAUUAUUUGGGCAAUCUUCAUUGGAUGGCCAGCUUGGUUCUAGACAAACUCCAUUGGAUGGCCAGUUUGGUCUGAGACAACCUCCAUUAGAUGGACGGUUUGGUCAGAGGCAGCCUCCAGUAUAUGGACAAUCUUCAUUGGAUGGACAGCUUAGUCCUAGACAACCUCCACUAGAUGGCCAGUUUGAUCUAAGACAAACUUCGCUGGAUGGCCAAUUUGGUCCUACACAAUCUUCAAUGGAUGGACCAUUUGGUCUAAGACAACCUCCACAAGAUGGACAGUUUGGACAGAGACAACCUCCAUUUCUUAAACAACCUUCAUUAAAUGGGCAGGUUGGUCAAGGGCAACCGCCAUUAUUUGGACAAUCUUCAUUGGAUGGCCAGUUUAGUCCUACUCAACCUUCAUUGGAUGGACAGUUUGGUCUAAGACAACCUUCUUCAGAUGGCCAGUUUGAUCUAAGACAACCUUCUUCAGAUGGCCAGUUUGAUCUAAGACAAACUUCAUUCGAUGGUCAGUUUAGUCCUAUAAAACCUUCAUUAGAUGGACAGUUUGGUCCAAGACAACCUCCAUUGACUGGGCAGUUUAGUACAACGCAAUUUGACAAAGGAUACCCGCCAUACAACCCUCAAUAUGACGGUGAAUAUUUAGAAUUAUUUCAGAUGGAUAUGUGUGAUGUUUGA